AUGUCAACUCUCAAAAUGAUUGAGGCAUAUACGCAGAAUGGACUGAGAAAAGUACGGCCCUAUUACAACAGAAGAUCAGCGUUCGUGAAAGGACGCUGGUUGGGUAAGUCAUUAAUAGAUGUUCUCGUUAGUGAAUUCAAACUUCGCUCAAGAGCUUAUUAUUUGGACCAGAUAAAGAAAGGCACAUAUAGAUUAAUCCGAGAUGGUGUACCGCUGGUACCGGGUCAUCUCAUGACUACCACGAUUAGGAACCAUGAUGUUUUAGAAACGACUAUCCAUAAGCACGAACCGCCGGUAAAACAAUGGUGUAGCCAGGAAGCUGAAGCGGACGAUUUACCUGGGAGAAUAGCGGGAUUCAAUAUUGUUUUUGAAGAUGAGAGUAUUCUGGUCAUCGAUAAGCCCAGUGGUAUACCAGUGCACCCAACUGGUCAGUUUUACCAGAACACAAUUACUGAAUUACUGAAAUCACAUGGUGUAGAUGCUCUUCCUUGUUACCGGUUAGACAAGAUCACGUCAGGCCUAUUGAUAUUGGCCAAAAACAGUCAGAGUGCAGGCGAAGUUCAGAAGAGUAUUCGUUCAAGAGAUAUGAGUAAGGUCUACUUGGCAAGGGUCAAGGGGAGAUUUCCUCAUUCCGAAUUAAUAUUGAAUAAUGAAGAUGCGGAGGAAACAACUUUUGAAGACACUUCCAAAGUUACCGUGGAAACGACCCCCAUAUAUUCUAUUGAUCCAAAGAGACAGUUUCCAGUUGGUCUAUCGGCAUCGAGGGAUGCUAUUACCAAGUUCCACCCGAUAAGGUACUUCUCUCGUACUAAUGAAACUAUUAUCGCUUGUAAGCCAAUAACUGGAAGAACACAUCAAAUUCGAAUCCAUUUAGCUAGGCUCGGUCAUCCCAUUGUCAAUGAUAGUGUUUAUUGUUCGCACAUUACAAAAUAUCCUGAAAGGCUCAAAUUUAUGAUCCAGUUUCCUAGAUGGGAAGAUCAACAGGAUUUAGAUACUGAGGAAUUAAGAGUAAGGUUCCAAAAAUUUAUUGAAGAAACCAAAAAUAACUGUCAGACCAUGGAAUCAUUUUGUCCGGAAUGUCACACUGUUGACUUAAAGGAUCCCGUGCUAUCAGACUUAGAAUUAUGGUUGCAUGCCUGGAAGUAUGAGGAGAUUAAUGGCAAAUUCAAGUUUGAAACAGACUUACCAAAGUGGGCACAAUUGGACAAAAGUUAA